AUGGAAAAUAAUAAAGUUAAAGGUUUCCACGAAAUGGAAAUAGACGAUCGUAUUUUAAAGGCGAUUGCUAGGCUUGGCUGGAUUGAGCCUACUUUAAUUCAAGAAAAAGCUAUCCCUCUUAUAUUAGAAGGAAAAAACAUUCUUUUAAGAGCAAGAACUGGAAGUGGUAAAACAGCAGCGUUUGCUAUUCCUGUUAUUCAAAAAAUUUUGAGCGCUAAACCUUUAUCGUUAAAUCAAGUGAUUCGAGCAUUAAUUUUAGCUCCUUCUAAAGAAUUGUGCAGUCAAAUAUACCAGAAUUUUAUCGAGUUAACAGUUAAAUGUUCAAGAGAAGUUUCUUGCUUAGAUAUAUCACAACAUUUAGAAUUAUCAGCACAAAAACCUUUAUUAGUUGAAGGACCUGAUGUAGUUAUAGCUACUCCAAGUCGUGCCUUGGCUCAUUUGAAAGCUCAAAAUAUGACGCUUAAAGAUUCUUUAGAAAUGCUGAUUGUUGAUGAGGCAGAUUUAGUUUUUUCAUUCGGUUUUGAAAAUGAUUUGAAACAAAUACUAAGUUAUUUACCAGAUGUUUAUCAAGCUGUAUUAGCAAGUGCCACUUUAACAAAAGAUGUUUUAAAUUUAAAAGAAUUAACAUUACAAAAUCCUGUAAUAUUAAAAUUAAAGGAACCUGAAUUGGCACCAACAACACAAUUAGCUCACUAUCAUAUAAGUGCUGAAGAAGAAGAAAAAGCUGUUAUAUUAUAUGUAUUGUUAAAAUUAAGUUUGAUUAGGGGUAAAACAAUAAUAUUUGUCAAUCAUGUAGAUAAAUGUUAUAGACUAAAACUCUAUUUAGAACAAUUUAAUAUUCCCAGUUGUAUUUUAAAUUCUGAAUUACCUGCUUCCAUGAGGUGUCAUGCAGUAACACAGUAUAACUUGGGAGUGUAUGACUUAAUAAUUGCAUCCGAUGAAAAUAUUGCUGAUGAUCCUGGGGCAAAUUUAAAUAAUAGGAAAAGAAAGAAAGAUAAAGAGUUUGGAGUUAUUCGUGGGAUAGAUUUCCAAUUUGUGUCUAAUGUAAUUAACUUUGAUUUCCCAAAAACUGUUGUAUCAUACAUUCAUAGAGUAGGCAGAACUGCUAGAGGGAACAAUGAAGGAACAGCUCUUUCAUUUGUUGCUAGCAAAGAGAGGCAAUUGUUUGAGGAAGUAGAAAAUCAUUUAAAAAUGUCAUAUGAUAUUGAUUCCAAUCAAUCUGUUAUUAGAGCAUAUGAAUUUAAAAUGGAAGAAGUAGAAGGAUUUAGAUAUCGUUCUAGAGAUGCAUGGAGGGCUGUCACAAAAAUAGCCGUGCGCGAAGCUAGGUUAAAAGAAAUUAGACAGGAAAUAUUAAAUGACAACAAAUUAAAAAGUUAUUUCAAAGAUAAUCCUAGAGAUCUUCAGUGUUUAAGGCAUGAUAGAGCGCUACAUACUGUAAAACAGCAACAACAUUUGGCCAAUGUUCCAGAAUAUAUUAUUCCUCCUUCUUUAAAAGGUUUAAACAUAGCAACUACUUUAAAGAAAAGAAAACCUAAUUACAAUGUUUCAAAAUCAAAAUCAAAAUAUUUGGCCAAAGCAGAAGACCCACUUCUAUGUUUAAAAUUUGAAGGAAAUAAAAAAAGAAGAAAAAAAUAA